AUGACACGCACAUCUCCUCUUCCGCAGGAAGCUCUUUCUGUCGUUUCUUCCUCUCAAGACGCAGACGUCGCCAUCUCUUCUUCCCCACUCUCUCUCGAUCAGGAGGCUGUACCUCUGUCCCGUCUGCGCGAACAAGAGGAGGAGAUGGCUACGUCCAUUCGGCGUUUAGAGGAAGAGGUCGAUACACUCAAACAACAGAAGGAGAGCCUACGAGAGGUUCUUGCGACUCUCGAAACGCAGGACAGGCCUGACGCUUCGGGCGAGAAUUCUGCCCUCGUGUCCCCUCACGAAUCUCCAAGCGCCGUUGCUGUAUGCACAGCUGAAAAUGAUGCCGCGGCGAUUCGCAGUGAAAUAUACGACUCGCUUUCUUCCGUCAACAAGGCGGAAGACGAACUCCUCGCGGCGAUCGAGGUGAUGAGGCAGACGCUGCUCGAAGUCAAGAGGACCAGGCUUCUUCAGGAGUUGGAUGAGACACCGAAUUCUGGGAGUACACAAACAUACGGCACAGACACUCAGGGAAAAGAUCUACAGACCGGACGAGCACUGUUCCACCAAGGCUUCCAGCGACAGCGGAGUUGUUUAGGCACUGUUUCUGCGCCUCCUGUGCGAGGUGAAGGAGAGCGCAGGUGUGAGACUGCUGAAGAGAAGCAACAGCCGAAACCGGGAGAAGAAGGAAGGAGAAAUGGAGGAGACUGCGAGCGCGAAGACGCAGACGCCGUCGUCGUGGUGACAAGCGACGACGAGUCUUCAGGGAUGUCCUUUUCUGAAGGAGAAGAAGGAGAGGCAACCGGAGAUGUACUGAAGGACACUCACAAGAAUCCAAGCCAACAAAAAGAUCCCGAGUGUCGGUGUAUCUUCCCCGUCGUUCACCCAGAUGGAAUUGUCGAUUGGCAAUUAGGCGUCGUUCGAGCCUUGCUGCAGUCUCCUUCUCCUCUCCACAUUGAGGCAUUGCCUUCCUCGUCUCCGGCCCACUACGCGGCACAAGUUUCCAGUGUGUCUCUCUCCUCUCAAGAGGCAGACGCAGCGCCCUUGGAUCUCCGUCUCACGUCUCUCUGUGUCAAGUGGUGCCAUCAGCAUCGAGCCCGGUUUUCUCCAUCUCCAGUGAAGCCCGCUGUCUCUCUGUCUUCUUCUGAUCCAUCGUCGAACUCUGACGCGUCUUCCAAUUUGUCUGCCACUGACUACAGUCCGCGGAUCUGGGCUUUGGUGACAGCACUCUGUCCCUUGGCCCCUCGAGACAUCCCCUGUCGCCACCUUCUCCAGUUUCUGCGGCCGCACUCGGUGUCUUUUUCUUCUUUCGUUUUCUGCGAGUCUUCGCUCUCUGCGUUUCCUCUUCCAGAAGGCUUCCAUGUGGCAGCGGGGAACUCCACUGGCGAGGCAACAGAAGGUCCGCGAAAAGAGACACCUGAGGCAGCCGCUGCCGCAGAGGCGGCAGUCGACGCGGGCAUGGUAGUAGUCGGCAAUGCCCAGGCCAUCGCGGAGCGAAUGCUUUGUACAGACACCCGAGAAGCGGCGCUGCUGGGGGUGACUUUGCAGGAGACAGCGACGUCCACAGAGACUGAGGUGGGGCGAGAGAGGGAAGGCGAAGUCGAGGGCAGACACCGCGAAGAGACAGCGAAACGUUUGACAGACGCGGGAUCUGCGUUUGUACCCAGUGCAGCGUGUGUGGAGGAAGGGUGUCCGUACAGCUGGAGGUGUCACUACUCGCACGGCGUGUGGGUUCCAGCUUGUGAUGUUUGUCUCGUCCAGUGGGACUCCGAAUUCUCUCUAAACGAAAUGCUUCGACCUUUCACCCAUGAGUCUGGAGAAAGGAACAGUGGAGUCGGCGACGCCGUCGAGCUCCAGGGAAAGCAGCUUGGUGGUAAUUCCUCGAAAACGAAACCCCUGUUCUACAGAGGCCGGCCUGUGUUUGUGCUUCCCGACGGUUCCCAGACCUGGCGCAAAGCCCAGCUGGUUCAGGCGCUCCGGAAGAGACGCAGGCGAAAGGACUUCGUAGAAGACCAGGAGCUCAAAGGGCGACCAUCCGAGAGAAGCUUGUGGUCGAUGUACGGAAGAGUGGUGCUUGAAAACGAGACUGAAGACGGCGCUUGUCGGAAACAACGGCUGCUGUGCCGAGCAAGCCGAAUUCACCCGCGAGUUGCCUCGUCUGCAGAUGAGAACAAAGCGGAGGGAAAAGGAAGAGACGCGGGGACGGAACGAGAGGCGUCUUGUGAUAGGGAAGCGUCUGAGAAGGCGAAACAAAGGCGGAGAAGUGAACGAGACGAGAGACAAGACGUGAUUGUCCUCGACUCCGGUGCGAGCGGCGUUGCAAGCUCCAGUUCCGAAGAUGAGGGUGAAGAAGAAACGCAUUCGGGGCCAAGCGAUGAAGAAGAAGGAAGUGAAAGAUGGCAGAAACUCCGGCGUCUCGAGGCACUCCUGGGUGUCAACGCCCGCGACCUCCGCGACCGGUUCUCCUCCGGUUUCUCAAGGAAACGAGACAACUUGUCUCAUUCUUUGUCUUCGUCCUCGUCUUCCUCUGGAUCUUCUGCGUCUGCGUCUGAAGCCUGCCCACUGAGUAGCAGCUCUCAUUUUGGAUGUUGGAUGUUGUACACGAGCGGAAUGGGCCUUCGAAUGAUGCAGAGGUGGGGUUACCGACCCGGCGAGUGUCUGGGGCGCUCUCAACGCCUUCAGCUGUCUAGACAGCCAGGCGACAGAGGGCGCGAAGGAACAGGGAAGACCGAGCUUGACCGUGCGGGAGAGAGCAGAGAUUUCACCAGUCAUUUACGCCGUGCCUCUCUCACAAAGCACGCGCCGCCUUCAAAUGCAAGCGAGACAGGUGGAAUUAGGACCACGAAAGAUGACGCUGUUCCUCUGGAUUCCUAUGCCGUCGAGUCCAGCGAUGAUGAGGCCCACGACGAGGGCGACGGAGAAGGCAGGAUUAUUUGGCCAGGAGAAGAACCGGAGAUGCUGUCUUCUCAUCCUUCGCUGCCCCCGCUCGUAAAUCCGUUGGGCAUUAGAGUGCUCCCCCCCCGGCUCUCGCUGGACUUUAUCAGCGACCCUGCAGCAGCUCGUCGCCGAGGUCGAAACCGUCGCCGUGGCGCAGACGGCGUUUCUUCGGACGCAGGCAAAACAGUUGCUUCGGGCUCUUGGCAGUACGCAGAAGGAGCGUUGGUCCCCUCGUUUUGCAGUGCAUCUGCUUCUUGCGCUCUGGCACGAGAGGCAGCCGUCGCCAACGACGGAGCGUUUGGUUUAAUUAACAGCAUUUACUCCAGCGGUUUCACCUCGGUGGCGAGGCAAGAGCCCGGCAGGGAAAAAGGCGGAGCGGACGCGAAAUCACACGGACCGAGCACUGAAGCGGUAUAUCAAGAGGAGGUUGCGGGCGGGGAAAGGACACUCGGUCCUAUGGAGAUUGAGGAGAAUCGCCGCAAACAAGAGGAGGAAGAACACUUGCGGAGGCUGCAGCAACUGAGAAGGAACAAAACUGUGGGAGAAAAGGCCUUGCGCAAGCAGCUCUUUGAUCUGCAACAGCGCCAAAGGGCGCUGAAGAAAGAAAUUGGGGCUGCCACGGCAAACCAGAGAAGACAUGCGGACGGUGGAAAGGCCCGAGGAGGCCUGGAAGCGUUCGCGGGUUACUACGGAGGCAUUGCGUCGGCGAAGGAAACUCAGCUCCGGCGCAUGAAAGAAGAAGAAGACGUGCUACUCAAGCUCAUCAGCGACAAAGGGAAGGAAAAGAAGCUGAAGGUGUUCUGAAACAGGUCUUGCACACGGGAUGUACAUACGUCUGGUUACUCACGUAGCGACCGGUUGUGGAUAGAGGGCAAUUUGCAAGGGAGAGCACGAAGAUUUUUUUUUCAGGUUUCUUUGUGCAGAGCAAGAUUUUGGAUGCCUUUUGUGAACCCUCAAUUUUCGGGGACGUCCCGUCGUCUGCUCUCGAGUGUAAAAAGAGGUUACAUUCGUUUCGCGGUUCUCUGCACCAUACAUUGUAAAAAGUCCGUGCUGCUCCAUCUGUGGGAAUCUCCCUCUCAACGUCAGAGCGUUUGCGCCCUCGGUCUGUCUUCUCGGAGACAGGGGAAUUAAAAUUGCAGGAGAGAAGAGGAAGAAAAAGGACGAUUCUUCUAGCUGUGCAGUGUGGAGCAAGCUUCUGCUUGUCCCAUAUACGCGGUUAGAUAAGUGGAGUUACGAGAAUCUCAAGCCUUUCCCGCUUCU